GUUCUCCCCACUUUUUCCGACUACAGCGGACCUUUAUAAGGCAAAACACAUUAAAGCGGAGUAACAUGACCAGUACACAGCUGAGGGGCUGGGAGGCCGUGUGGAGACAUAACCCGCUUUAAGAGAGAAGAAGGGGCAGAGGAUGUCCAGAGCUGACUGGUCCUUCCUGGAACACCUGCUGAAGGAGGGCCAAGAGUACUCAACUGCCAUUGGCCGGAUCUGGCUCACUGUGCUCUUCCUGUUUCGCAUGCUGGUUCUGGGAACAGCUGCUGAAUCGGCAUGGGAUGAUGAGCAAUCUGACUUUGUCUGCAACACGAGGCAACCUGGUUGCACAGCCGUCUGCUACGAUAAAGCCUUCCCCAUAUCCCACUUCCGUUACUUUGUCCUCCAGGUCAUAUUCGUCUCUACUCCUACGAUCUUCUACUUUGGAUACGUGGCUAUCCGAGGUGGGAAGGACCCAAAAACUAAAGAGAGCAGAGCUGAAAGUGAGAGUAAAAGAAGUGAAAUUGUAAAAGGGAGGGAAGGUAUAAGUGUGAAUAAAGAUAAGGCAGGACGUAAAGAGGAAGAAAACAAUUAUGGGAAUGGAAUAACAUCUAACAAGGCAUCUCCUGAGGAUCAACAACUGAAAGGGCGCCUUCUGAGGGCAUAUGCAUUCAGCAUCCUCGUAAAAAUCCUCCUAGAGGCUGGAUUUAUUGCCGGACUUUGGUUCCUUUAUGAUGGCUUUUUCAUUGCAGCCAAAUUUGAAUGCACAACAUCACCAUGUCCUCAUACUGUCGACUGCUUCGUCUCUCGGCCCACGGAGAAGACCAUCUUCACCAUCUACUCUCAGGUGAUAGCUGGCAUCUCCCUUUUACUCAACCUUAUUGAACUCAUCCACCUACUGAUAUUAGCCGUUUCUUAUCGACUGGAGAACCGGCAUCAGGACCACCUACCUCAAGCAAAGCGGGUACAAGAAACUCCAGCACUCCAAAUAGAGGUGUGCCAGGCUUGUAGUACUGGGAGGGAUAUCAGCGUCCACAUGCAGGGUGGGGAAGCAGAAUUGCCUGGUAACCCCUGUGAAAGCUACACUGAUGCAGUAAUAGAGGUUAACUGGGAAUCAGGAGAGACAAGGGACAACUUGCUUCCAAGCUAUGUGAACUGCAUGAAAUCUACACAUUCCAAACAAUUCACACAUUCAAAACAUUCACAUCAAACUGGGAAAUAUCUUAAAGGUGCCCAUAAGGGACAUACAAACCAAAAACACUAUGUUUGAUUGUAGCUUUGUGUACUUUUUUGGUUCUUGGCAUGUCUGCACAUGACACUUAACUUACAAGAGUACACAGUCUGAAGGAAAGUAGUACAACAACCACUGCACUGUGACCUCCAUGCAUCUAGGCAGACAGACAUUUGGCGAUUUUGUUUUUUGAUAAACAAAUCUAUUUAAAAUUAAACAUUUUGAGAAGCCCCUGCCAAAGACAAAAAAAGUGUUUCCAUUACAAGAUUUAGGUCAUAAGAUGCCUUCCUGCUAUGUUGAAUAGCAAUGUGAUGUGGAAAAAAUAAGCGGAGGGGUCUGACAAGGGAGCUUCUGAGUGUUUAUGCAAGGAAAUUUAGAUUUAAACAUACACUGCUCAAAAAAUUAAAGGGAACACUCCAAUAACACAUCCUAGAUCUGAAUGAAUAAAAUAUUUUCAUUGAAUACUUUGUUCUGUACAAAGUUGAAUGUGCUGACAACAAAAUCAC